UCCCCGCAAAGACUGCCGCGCUUUCAUCACUAUAAUCAGCUGCCUAACUACUCGCUCGUAACAUUUUGGGCUUUUUCGCUGCUCGGGUGAGAAGUGACAAGGAGCGCGGAGCCCUCCUCUGUUGGGCGGGGCCUGCAUUUCAUUUUCUAUUUUCUCUCUCUCUCUCUCUCUCUCUCGCUCUCUCUGCGUGCGUGCACGCGGCGCGCGCGCGCGUGUGUGUGUGUGUGUAUUUUUUUUCCCUCUCCCCCCCUCGUGUUGCCUGCUCUGACACGUCUGCACUGAGUGAGUGGCAUUGGCACACUGUCAAUCGCUCACCAUCAAACAACAUAAAACACACACAGGCACACAGGCUGCACCUCAUAAAUAUUAGCAAGGCGAGGUCUUUUUUUUUUUUUUAAUUUUAUUUUUGGCGCAUCGCUUUAUAAUACAGCGCUGCAUCCUUAUUCAUUUCUUGUGUUUUUUUCCCCCUUUCCUCAGCUGACAUCGCACAACUUUUUUUGUAUUUUUUCUUUUUUUAUUUAUUUAAAGAUAUUCGGACACCACCACAUUUUUUUAAAAAAAAAUACGUGGACUUCAUUUCUGCACUACGAUUUUGAAUUUUUUUUUUUUUUGUGGUUUUAUUUUGCAAAGAAUGAUUUGCAGCUCUGGAUUAUUUUGUUUUCCGAUGAUGCUUUUUGUGGACAUUCUUUGGUGAGGAGAUGUUCCGGGAAUCCCACGAAGAGCGCCAAUAAAUGAGAGAUCACCAAAGGAGCAGUGGUGUCCAAAGCCGUCAAAUCUCGCGGACAGAGAGAAGAUCCAUUGGCGUGAAAGUCCAGGUGGAGAAGAUGGACAACCUUGGGCAAUUUUGACAAUAGAAGUUUUGCACGAAAUAGCCAAAUUAAGGCAAGAUUCCCGUUUUGGCACUUUGGAGCUCGCGUCAACUUGGACACAUUUCCGCCGCCACAUCGCUGCAAUAUUGUUGUUUUUUUUUUUUUUUUUUUUUUUUGUGUGUGCGUGUGUUUCGGACCAGGCUGCCGCGCACCCUCGUCGUCUUCGGCACAUGUUCUAGCCCGUUUCGUAUAUGAGUUUUUCAAUUUGUGUGGCUCAGUGCACAGACUCCUUAGCGGCUCCGAUGGACGAUCAAGCCCGGAUCAUGCAGUCGAUCGGCGGCGUCAGUCUGGCCGGCCACUCGGUGCAGGGGGGCAUGGCCCUCCCGCCUCCUCACGGACACGACGGCACGGACGGGGACGGACGCAAACAAGACAUCGGCGACAUUCUUCAUCAAAUAAUGACCAUAACUGACCAAAGUCUGGACGAGGCGCAAGCAAAGAAACAUGGACUGAACUGUCACAGAAUGAAACCAGCCCUCUUCAGCGUUCUCUGUGAAAUCAAAGAAAAGACAGGGCUCAGCAUCCGGGGCGCCCAGGAGGAGGACCCGCCGGACCCCCAGCUCAUGCGUUUAGACAACAUGCUGCUGGCAGAGGGCGUGGCGGGACCAGAAAAGGGUGGCGGAUCCGCAGCCGCCGCGGCCGCGGCGGCUGCUUCAGGCGGGGCAGCUGACAAUUCUAUUGAACAUUCCGACUACAGAGCCAAGCUCACCCAGAUCAGACAGAUCUACCACACGGAGCUGGAGAAAUAUGAACAGGCGUGUAACGAAUUCACCACCCAUGUGAUGAACCUGCUGCGGGAACAGUCUCGUACGCGGCCCAUCUCGCCCAAGGAGAUCGAGCGCAUGGUGGGAAUCAUCCACCGGAAGUUCAGCUCCAUCCAAAUGCAGCUGAAACAGAGCACCUGUGAGGCUGUCAUGAUCCUGCGCUCCAGAUUCCUUGACGCCAGGCGGAAAAGGAGAAACUUCAGCAAGCAGGCGACUGAAAUUUUGAACGAGUACUUCUACUCGCACCUCAGCAACCCUUACCCGAGCGAGGAGGCCAAAGAGGAGCUGGCCAAGAAGUGCAGCAUCACAGUUUCCCAGGGGGUGGGAAGCACCAUCACAGUAUCUCAGGUAUCCAACUGGUUCGGCAACAAACGGAUCCGCUACAAGAAAAAUAUCGGCAAGUUUCAAGAGGAGGCCAACCUGUACGCCGCCAAGACUGCCGUAAACGCGGCACACGCUGCAGCCGCUGCAGUGCAGAACAGCCAGGCCAACUCCCCUACUACACCCAACUCUGGAUUCCAGAUGAAAGAUGAGGAGUUUCAGCUGGAUUCUGCAGAGAGCAAAAACACUCUUUUAACCAACAUGUUUACUGGUUCUUCAGGUUCUUUUAACCUCCCAAACUCUGGGGACAUGUUCUUGAGCAUGCAGAGUCUGAAUGGGGAUUCUUACCAAGGGGCACAAGUCGGAGCCAAUGUACAGUCACAGGUGGAUACUCUGCGCCAUGUUAUCAGUCAGACGGCAGGAUACAGUGAUACUGUCAGCCGAAACACCAUGUACAGUCCACACAGUUUAAAUACUAACGGGGGGUGGCAAGACGCAACAACUCCGUCUUCAGUAAUAUCUCCGACAGAGGGGCCCGGCAGCGUGCAUUCGGAUACCUCCAAUUGAUCCGCUCUCCAUGCAUUUGAGCCUCAAGCUGGGCAAGGACUCUUAACUGGCUGCACAACUGCAGAGGACCUCCAAAACCUUAUCAUGUUUUUUUUUUUUUUUUUUUUUUGGUGCAUUUAUAAAUGUCCCACGACAACAUGCCACAUGUUCAGAUGACAUUUUUUACCAUGGGAGUCAACUUUUCAUGAUUGUCUCAGUGUUUCAUUUGUAAAUCAAAUUGUUUGUUGAGGGGUAAGCACACAAACUGUAUGUGCAAAUAUCAAAAAGCCCUCUGAUAUUCGUCAAACAUUCAUUUUAUCUUCUGUAAUGAAAACACAGGAUGACUUGUAUUUACAUGGCAUUUUAAAUGUCAGACGUACGCCUAUUUUGAAAAUUAGGUUUUCUUUGUAUUCUUCGAUGAAAUGUAUUAAAGCAGCUGUUAAUGUGAGUCUAAAAAUGCUACCGUUGACAGAUCAAUGGGAGCUUUGUGAUUACUUCCGAGGUUUAAUUUGCAUUGCAGCUGUAAACAUGAGUACAAGCCAAUGAUUCUUCAUAGUCCGGAGGAUAAAGAAGUGUAAUUGAUUGCGUUAUCAUAACAUGACACCAUCCCAUAUUUUUAUCAUGUGAUGUUUGGUAUGUACAUAUUGUAAACAUUUUGUACUGCUUGUGGAAGUCAUCGAAUCCCCCACAGUUGAUCAUAACUUGCCCAGUGACACACAAACUUGUACAAAAACAUACCUUAAGAGUACUUCAACAUCCUAACAAUCAAAUCACAGCUUUAUUGCCUCGUUACAAUUCAUACCAACAAAUUCCACCAUUCCUGUAGCUUAGAGUGCUCACAUACUACCUCUGAACACCAUUAUACCAUGUUAGUUUUUUUUUUUUUUUUUUUUGCCCGACUUAUUUUGGAUUCUUUUACUUGUUUUGACAACAUCUUGCAACAAUGUAAAUUUACUCAUUCACUAUGUAUAUUUUAAUCUUUUAAUAAAAUUCUGUUGCAAUAUUGCAGCUUAAAAUGACAAAAACAAAAGUGAAUCUGAUAACAUUAAUACCAUGAAAAAUAGCCGAGCGAGUACAUUGUUGGUCUGUGGCUUUUAUGAAGGAGGUGCGAUAAAAUUGCGAUAAAUUAACAGUGAAACUGUUGUAAAUACUAAAAAGAAAAAAAAAAAAAACAUUUUGAAUGUUGCUCAUCUUAUUACUAAAUCAUACCCAAAAAACUGAGAGAAAAAAAAAAUCACUAUUAAGACUGUAAUGCAUAGAAGUUUCAGUAUUCAGAACUGUAUAUUUCCAGCUCUGUUCAACAGGGUUCCAUUUUUUUCUCUCUCUUUUCUAUUGUAUGUGAUUCUGAAACGGAAAAGUCAUGACAAAUGAUGUGUGGCAGUGAUUCAAAUGUAAUAAAAAAAAUGUUUAGUGUUGCUUUCUAACCGGACUACACCCUGGACUGAAAAGUCUUCUUUGUGGUAGUUGUGUAAUUUAAAACAUAAAUAAAACUUUUGCU